AUGACCCCCGCCCCCUCCGUCCUCGCCCUCGAGGCUGCCCAGGACGGCAACCUCCGCCUCCUCAGGAAGCUGGCGAAGAAUCUGGACCUGAGGGGAGUGAAGAGCAAGGAUGGGCUGAAUGCGCUCCACUUCGCUGCAAGCCAUGGCCACCUGGAGUGCUGCAAGUUCUUGGUGGAGGAAUCAGGCCUCGAUGUCAACUCGGUUGGUCACAAAGGUGAAACGCCGGUGUUCUGCGCCGCGAUCGAUGGGAGCGUUCGGGUUUUUAGGUACGUUCUUGAUCGUGGUGGUGACCCGGCGAGACCUCAUGACAGGGGCUCCACGCCGCUGCAUUGUGCAGCAGAUCAUGGGCAUGAUGAGGCUGUAAGACUGUUGCUGUCUCAACGAGUUCAUGUGGAUCCUUUGAAUUAUCGCGGGGCCCCACUGCACUUGGCUGCCUCAAAGGGCCAGGACAAGGCAUUGAAGGUUCUACUUGAGCAUGGUGCUGAUCCCAACAGAGUUGUCAACCAUAUCUUUUCACCACUCAUGAUGGCAUGCUGUGCACACUCCUUGAAGUGCAUGAAGCUACUUAUUGAGGCUGGCGCUGAUGCGAACGGCAAUAGUACCACUGGACCGACUCCUUUAACCGAGGCAGUCGAUGAUGGAUUAACUGAUUUUGUCAAAUUCUUGCUAGGGGCUGGAGCUGACCCUAACAUUCCUAAUGAGCACGGGAGGAUUCCUAUCAUGGUGGCAGCAGCUCGUGGUCAACGAGAGCUUGUUGAAAUUCUAUUUCCUAGGACAAAACCGAUGCCAUGUCUGCCAGAUUGGAGUGUUGAUGGGAUAAUUAGAACUAUGAGAUCUGUACAUAUUGAGCCUCAGGAUGCAAUUCCUGUGGAACAAGAAGUGUCCGAUGCAAAGUCAAAAGGGAAGGAAGCAUUUGCAAAGGGUGACUACCUUACAGCCGUCUACUUCUACACCCUGGUAAAUAAAUUCCCACUUGAUGCCACCUUGUUUGCCAACCGGAGCCUUUGCUGGCUGCGGCAGCUAGAAGGAGACAGAGCUUUAUUGGAUGCACAGCAGUGCAGAUUGCUGCGUCCUGGUUGGGCCAAGGCAUGGUACCGUGAGGGCGCAGCUCUCAGUUUCAUGAAGGACUACAAAGGAGCAGUCGACGCAUUCUGGGGAGCACUGAAGCUUGACCCUGGUAACGACGAGGUCGAGAACACGCUAAGGGAAGCGAUCGAGUGUAUGAAGAGAGCUGCUCGCUCUGAAGAAGAUAAGAACCCUUGAGCAUCUGCUGCAUCACCGUUUUGGCCUCACCUUCCAGACUGCCUCUCAUCUCUCUAGUCUGUACAUAUAACUAGCAAAGACUAUGUAGACCGUUUAGCUCUCUCCUACUGUCUUUUGGCAAAAACCAUACAUCUAGUUUGCUAGAUUAUAUCAUCCAUAUAUCUUCAGUUGCAUUUUCUUCCUUUUUUGUGCGCGACACCGAUGCAAGUGCAGACUUGGCAGUACAAGUAAUAGCAUAUGAUAUCUGAACUGUUUCAGAAUUCAGUGAUUCGGUUUGUUCUGAAACUGUGGUUGUAACUAAUUGAACCAAAGUAUAGGUCAUCACAUUUUAGUCACUAGACAGUUCAAACUUGAAGCAAAAGAGACAGGUCAGUCAAACAUCUCCCUGAUGUUCGAAAACAGCAGUUUGCUCUUCUUUUUGUGACCUAUCUUGUGAAAUUUCUGCUUGCUGUGGUGGUUGAA